AUGCCUUCCUUCAUCUCCGCAGCUGUCGCUGCUCUCUCGCUUUCGAGCCUCGCCUCUGCCAACGUGGCCUACCGCCGCGCAGAGGCUUUCACCAACAGCUCUUCCAGCUCUUCUAUGAUCUCUACCUCCUCCAGCCGUUCCGUUCCCCUCGGUACUGCAAGCUCCAGCAUCAUUGGCACCAGCAGCGGCAGCUCCUCUUCCACUGCUGGCGCCGGCUCAGGCUCAGGCUCAAACUCUACCGCCACCGCCACUACUGGUAGCGUUUCCUCUACCACCACCGCUGCUCCCGCCUCGUCUACCAGUGCCACCACUGUUGACGGUGUGAACUUCCUUAUCGAGUUCGACUUUACCUAUAAUGGUAUCACGAUUGAUUUGGAGCUUGUUCUCGCCAAGAGAGCCGGCCAGGACCUUGAAGACUGUCUCCGUACUUGCGCCGCCAACAAGCAGUGCGUUGCUACAGCCUACGACACCAACUCUACCACUUGCACCUUCUUCAGCGAGUUCGACUCCACCACUGGACGUUCGGCUCCUGGCAUUGACUUUGCUCAAGUCACUGGCCGCGCCAACAACGCUACCACCUCUGGUGCUCCUUUCCCUUCGUCCACUCAGGGCAACAACGGUACCUCCGUGACCGCCAGCCCCAACCCUGGCAACAACGGCACUUUCCCCAAUGCUGAGAGUAUUAUCUGUCCUACGUACCAAAAUCAAGUUCUCCAGGAGACCGAUGGCACUCAGUACCUCAUCCAGUGCGGUACCAACAUCAACGGUAUCGUCCUCUUGACCCGCAAGGCCCGCAUGGUCAGACGCCAGGCCACCUUCGGCAACGACUGGAUCGUUGACUGCAUUGACUCUUGCUCUGCCAUGGAUGCUUGCGUUGGUACUUCGUACAACUCCCAGCAGGGAAGCUGCACUUUCUACAGCACCAUUGACUCUCUUUUCGCUGAUGCCAACACCGACUCUGCCAUCCUUGUCAACGAGGCUGCCCCUGCCGCAUCUGGCUCUCUCGUCCCCGUUGUUUCUACCGAGACCGUCACCGAGGGCGAGGUCACCCGCACCAUUACCACCACUCCUCUGACCACCUCGACCGUCUACAGCACCACCACCAAGACCAUCCAGUCUUGCGCUCCUGGUGUUCCUUGCUCUGCUGCCACUGUCACUGAGGUCGUCGUUGCCUACACUACCGUUUGCCCCGCUUCUACAGUUGCUUACCCCACUGGCGCUGGCGCUAACGGCGGCGCUGCUGCUGGUGCCGUUACCACCCAGACUGUCAAGGUCUGCACUGCUUGCCAAUACGCUCCUUCGACCGUCACUGUUUACCAGUGCCCUACCAACGGACCCAUGCCUGGCAAGCCCGUUGCUGUCACCACCACCGUCAUCUCGGUGCCCGUCCUCGCCGGACCUACUGGCCCCAUGACCACCUCCACCGUCUACUCGACUCAGGAGCAGGUUACCACCACUUGCGGUGCUAACGGAUGCGGCAAGGCCACUGUAACUGCCGUUGUCUCUCUCUACACCACUGUCUGCCCCGCUAGCUCUGGUGCUCCUGGAGCCCCUGCUCCUUCUGCUCCUUCUGCUCCCGGCGCUCCUGGUGCCCCCGCUCCCGCUCCUUCUGCUGGCUCCGAGACUGUUGUUGUCCCUGGAACUACCGUCCCUGCUUCAACCAAGCCUGCCGAGACCAUCCCCGCCACUGUCGAGAACGGCUCCACCAAGCCCGCCGAGACUGUCCCUGCAACCGUUGUCCCUGGCUCCACCAAGAAGCCCUCGACCACCAUUGUGCAGUACACCCCCACCUCAUCCAUGGUCGCAUACACUGGCGCUGCCGUCAAGAACGGCAUGGGCUUCGCCGCCAUGGCUGCCGGUGUUGCCGCCCUUGUCCUCUAA